GACAGUUGUAUCCAGUCGGAGAGAAUAAACACUGGAGCCUGUCUUGUAGUAGUGGGAGGGUGAUGAACAUGCGUUGACAUUGUUUGUGAUUUACUGUAAGCUGACGUUUGAGAAUGGACGGGUAUCUAUUGAAGGGGGCACAACGACAGUUUGACAAUGAUUAGCUGACUUGUAUAUUCCUGAAGAAUUUUGAACCACAUAAUACUGAACUGGACCAGGGACUCCUGUCCAGACUAGUGGAGUGAGUCAGUUUGCAAUGGAGGCCGUUUGUGUAAAGGGAAGAACUCUGGACCUGGACACCCUGAUGGUGAUUGUAAAGCAGGAAGAGGAAGAGCGAGAGGAGCAGCUCUGUGGGCCUCAGGAGACAUCACUGCUGCACAUUAAACAGGAGCAGGAUGAAGAGGGAGAAAGGGAGCCUUCAGCACUCCACCCCCUAGGUCAUUCCCCACCCUGUGCUGUUCCUGUCCAGGCCCCAAAGGAAGACCCCGAUGAUCUGGAAGAAGGAGAGAGAGAAGGAAAGAAAAUGAAGAAGAGAAGGCGAGAGGAGAAGGAGUGGGCCCCGAUGGCCGCGGCGGACGGCUCGGGUGCAGACUCUCUGUGGCGCUGCAGGCUGUGCCAGCGCUGCUUCAGCUCCUCCUGGGAGCUGACGGGACACUGCUGCACAGGCAUCGCAGGGGCAGGGGGCACCGACGGGGACGGGGCCAAGCUGGAGUUCCGCUGCCCAGUGUGCGGCGACCGCUUCCUGCGGCCCACCGCCUUCAUCAUGCACAAGCGGAGCCACGUGGGCCAGUCACGCUACGUCUGCGGCGUCUGCGGCCGCACCCUGAAGACGCUCCCUUCCGCAGCCCGGAGGCCCUGA